AGUAGGGGAUUUCUCAUUGGUGCUUAUGUGAGAGAUUGGGAGAAGAAAAAGACCACAGCUGGAUAUAUGGUAUGGUAGAAGGAAAACAGAGAGGUAAGGAUAGGAAAGAAAGAGAAGAAAGAAAGAAAGAAAGAAAGAAAGAAAGAAAGAAAGAGAGAGAAAGAGAAAGAAAAAGAGAGAAACUUCCUUCAGAAAAUGUGUUCAGCUUUUGGGAUACUUUUCACAAUUUUUCUCCCUUUCACAGUUGGUGUUGAGCCUCCAGGUUAUUCAACCCCUUGGACUCUCUUUCCUUCUGGGCAUUCUGACUGUUGUGGAAUCCACUGCUUUCUGGAAGUUUACGUAAAACUCACAGACAUUUCCUGUCAAUGACUAAUCAGCCAAAAGCAUACAGAACAGAGAUAAAGAUAAAGCAAAAUGGCAAAGAAAUAUGGCACAAAAUCUUAUUGAUCUGAGAGUAAACAAAAGUGACCAAGAGAGAGAUUCAGUCAUCGAUUGAUUAACAGUGGAUUCCUAUUAAAGUAGAAAACCAACCACUUCAAAUGCAAAUGUUUGAGAAGACUUCAGCUGAAAGGUUACUGAUCUCCAUUAUCAUGAUGUCUGCUUCAACAAUUACUUCUUCAUCUAUGGACAGACAUCAGAGGACUAUAACAUCUCCUCAAGAAGUUAACACUUCACUACUGGUACUAGUGGAUACAAAGGCUAUGCUCUCUUGCCCUGCUGUGCCGUGGACAAGUGUGCUGCUAGCAACAUGGGAAAUAGUCCUCAGAGACAAGCCGCCCUGCCUCAGAGCCUUCAGGAGUGACACAAAUGAGACCACGGGAGGAAACUGUACCGACAAGAGGAUAACCUGGGCCUCCGGACUUGACAAGAAUCCUGCUCUUCACAUUGAUCCAGUGGCCAUCACUCAUGAUGGGUAUUACAGGUGUCAAAUAGUAAUACCUGCCGGGAAUUUCCAUCAUGGAUAUCACCUCCAAGUGUUAGUGCCCCCUGAGGUGACCCUGGUUCAAACUGAAAAUGGAACUGCAGUGUGCAAGGCAUUUGCAGGAAAGCCAGCUGCACAAAUCUCCUGGACCCCGGAGGGAGACUGUGUCACUGAGCAAGAACCUUACUGGGGCAAUGACACAGUGACCAUCCAGAGUACAUGCCGGUGGGACGACCGCCAUGUACCUAAUGUGUCCUGCUCUGUCUCUCACUUGACUGGCAACAGGAGUCUGUCCAUAAAGCUGAAUCAAGUCCUCAUUUGCAGAGGAGAAACAACCCUGCUUCUCAGCCUAAAGAGGAAGAUAGCUCAGCAAAAGGCAAAUAACGAUGCUGUGCAGCUUUUCUGCGCCCCGUUGGAUUCUUUGGGUGGUGCUGUCAUCCCAUCGAGUUGUUUCCUCUACCCACUUGAGAUGCUAAUCAACGUUGCAGUGGCAGGAGCCACUACAGACACUGCCUUCAAGUUGGCCCACAGCUGACCUCUCAUCCCGUUCUCGUUUGCCAGCAGUUACUGAGGGCUUUGUACUGCAUGUUUGACCCGAUCCUGAAAUAAAUGGCUAGGACUCAUUUUUAGCGGUACCCGCAUUUUUGAAGAAAUUAUAAGUUGGUCCCACAUGAGGAACUGCUAGAGUCACUGGAGGCAGUCAUGAAUGUCACCUCACCUUUCAGCGCUUCAGUGUCUCAGUUUCUUGUCUUCACUAUACAACGGGUUAAUUGUGAUAAGAAUAAGAGUGCUUGGUGAAACUUUAACAUCUUCUAGGCCCACUCUAAACUGGAUCCUUAACUUCACUGAUAUUUACGGCACUCCUAUAGUAAAAAGUGUCCUUUUAUUUAAAGGAAAAAUUUAUUGUAUAAAGUGGCAGGUAGUUUGGGCUGUUACUUUCAUUUUAAGCAAAACCCUAAGGGAGAAAAUGGAUGCAUACUACCUGGAGGAUAUUAAUGCAAGCAGGAUAGUUGUUGAAACAAACACCCCCCAAAUAUCAGUGUAUUUAUAUACAAAAUUUUAAUUUUUGCUCACUUCACUUUCCAAUGCAGGUUGGUGGGGCUAAGGCAGGAGCAGGAAGAAUUCUGCUGUAACCUAGCAUUUUAUUCUAUGGCUCUGCCCUUCUCUGAGUAUUUUCUAUUCAGCUGGUGAGUGGGAGAGAGAUGGAGAGAGAGAGGAAGGUGGGGGGAGAGAGGGAGAAAGGGAGAGAGAUAGAUGGAGGAUUUUAGUAGUAAUCGCUUCUGGUCACAUUCCAUUGCCUGGUGCUUGUCACAUGGCCACACAACUUCUAUGGAAGCAAAAAAUGUAGUGUAGCUGCCUUGGAAGAAAUACAAUCAUGUUUUGGGUACAUAUAUUAUAUAUCCAGUCUCUGCAUACAGUAAACCAUAAGAUAAAUGCCAAGAUUAUUACCUUCUCGAUUAGUAACAGAACAUGAGUCAAGAAAUAAACUACUAAACGAUGCCAUG